AUGCUGCUGCUCAACAAUAUGCAGAACAAGUUGUUGAAUCGCACCACUCUUAAAGAAAACAUCAGAGCACUGAAAAAAGAGUUCAAGAUAUACAGAUGGAACCCUGAUAAUCCAUACCAGAAGCCAGAUCUUCAAUCCUACUUUGUAGAUCUUUCCACUUGUGGGCCCAUGGUUCUUGAUGCAUUGCAAAAGAUAAAGGCAGAGGAUGAUUCAAGUGAAUACAAGCAGACUCCCGCUGAAAGAAAGAGACUAGAUGGUCUAUAUGAGUGCAUACUAUGUGCUUGUUGCAGUACUUCAUGCCCUUCUUAUUGGUGGAACCCUGAACAGAUUCUUGGACCAGCAGCAUUACUUCAUGGUACCGUUGGAUUGCAGACAGUCGAGAUGAUUUUGCAGAAGAACGGCUACAAGCAUUGA